UUGAGCAAAGUGGCAAAAGGGGGCUUGAGUCAACAAAUGAUUGACCCUUGUAGAGGUGAGCAGGACUGCUCUGAACCGGCUGCCCAGUUACUGAUUAACCCUGUUGCCCUUCUCCUGGGGUAGCGAUGGCCAGAAGCCAACUCCAACACAACACCACAGAGUCAUAAAAGAGCUGCUGCUGGGUGGUCUCUGCCCAGGCCUUCUCGAAAGCAGCUAUCCCUGCCAGGGAGAAGGGGGGAGGUGCAGCCCCUCGCAAGGAGCCGCUGUGGAGAUGGACAAAAGGAAGAGGGAAACUUGGGCUGUGCGAGAUGUGUGUGCUACCCCCUCGAUAGCCAGGCAGCUGUUUCUGAGUUGCCCCCUUUGACACUGGCAGAGGUCCCGGAAAUCGCGGUUAACCGCUAUUAUGCAAAACGAACCCUUGUAGAUCGGGAAAGCAAAGGGGAAAAAGAUUGAAAACGGCCCUUUUUCUGCAAUGGGCGGAGAGAAAGGAGAAGCCAGAGCAUCCAGUAGGUGCAAUUCGAGUCUUCCGCCACGUGGGCUCCCACUUCCUUUACCGCCUGAUCCAGCCGCUCUGGCACUUUCCCUCUAUAGGCUCCCACUUCCGUCGCGGGGCAGCGCAGGCGCAGUGGCGAGGGCCGCGCCGACGGGAGCGGCGGCGGCGGCGGCGAUGUCCCGUAAACAGGCGGCGCGGGCGCGGCCCGGGAAGGCGGAGGUAGAGCGGAAGCGGGACGAGCGGGCGGCCCGGAGAGCGCUGGCCCGCGAGAGGCGCAACCGGGCCCAGGGCGAGGGUGAACCCGACGGCGGCGGCCUCAACGACCAGCUGCGAGCGCUCGGACUGCGCCUGCGCGAAGUGCCGGGCGACGGGAACUGCCUCUUCAGGGCCCUUGGAGACCAGCUGGAGGGCCACUCGCGGAACCACCUCAAGCACCGGCAGGACACCGUGGCCUACAUGAUCCAGCAGCGGGCAGACUUUGAGCCCUUCGUGGAGGACGACGUCCCCUUCGAGAAGCACAUUGCCAAUUUAGCCCAGCCGGGCACAUUUGCCGGCAAUGACGCCAUCGUGGCCUUUGCGAGGAACAACCAAGUCAGCAUCGUCAUUCACCAGCAGAACGCCCCCCUCUGGCAGAUCCACGGGACGGACAAGAGCAGUGCCCGAGAGCUCCACAUUGCGUAUCGCUACGGCGAGCACUACGACAGCGUCCGAAAGAUCAACGACAACUCGGUGGCUCCCGCUUGGCUGCAGACGGAGAUGCUGUACCCAAAUGAAGCCAAAAUCAAGGAGGGCCCCCGGGCGAAGGGGGAGGGGCAGCAGCCGAGAGAAGAGACUCGGGAUGGAAUGGAGGACGCCCUUCAGAAAGUCCGCAACGCCACCGGGUGCUCGGAUGUUGAUUUAAUUGCUCAGGUCCUGGAGGCAGAAGACUACAGCAUUGAGUCCUCCGUCUUUGCUGUUUUCCAGAUGAAAGAGUUGGAAAAACUCCACGCCGAGGAAAACCGGGCCACGAGGCCGAACCCGCAGCCCAGGCCGGCCCCGUGGGAUGAGAAGGGAGGCCACGGCUGGGCUUCAGGCCGCCAGGAAGUCGGGAACAACAAUAACCCCCACGGGAACCUCGUGGAAAGGAACCGCCCAGGUCAAAAGGGGUCCACCAAGCAGAAGAAGGAGCUUCAGCGGUUGGAGAAGAAGAAGCGGCAGGAGGAGCGGCACCGGCAGAAACUCCUGGCCGGCAAGGGCGGCCCCUUGGACAAUAACGCCGUCGUCAGGGAGCCCGAGUCCCGGGUCACCCUGGUGAAGACUUUUGCGGCCCUCAGUAUCUGAUUCGGCCACGCUGGACGGCCUUCGCCUCUUUGAGAGAAGGGGAACCCCCAAAAUGCACAAAGACCCCUCCCUUAGGCAUGUCGAUGGGGGCAGGAUGAACGGUGGCUGGUUUGCCCGUUUGGCGACCCUCCCCCUACUCAAGCACCCCCCCCCACGUUCCUGGCAGGUUCCUUUCGUCCAUGGGCGUAGGAAGAGUUGCUGGCCAGAGGGCUUUCCUGGAUUGCUGUGGGGUUCGGUGUAAGACUGGGGUGGUCCUGCCCGGAGGUUCAAGGGGGCUGGUGGGGUCGGAGGGGCAGGAAAGGGGUCCCUUCCAAUCCAACUCAGUUCUUUCAGUUGGUGAGCGGGGUGUGUGUGUGUGUGUGUGGCUUCACAAGAGGGGGGGCUGCUCCCUUGGUGGGGCCAAGUUGGGGGCAGAAGCCACCACUUGGGGGAGCUUUUUCCAGAAAUAUCCCCUCCCCUCUGCCCCCCCCCUCCCCCGCGAUGGGCAGCUCUUCUGCGAAGCCCCCAGGAUCUCAACCUUCGCUUUUUGGUUCAUUUUGUAAGUUUAUCCACAUUGAUGAAAUAGCCGGUUGCUGUUUUCUCUUAAAGGACCCGUUUUCCUCCCAAGACGGCUCCUGCGUUGCUUUGUCUCCAGCUCCUUCCAAAAUGUGUGUCAGUGGGAUGCGUUGAUAGGUGGGUCUCCUCCCCGGGAAGGUGGGGGGUGUUGCCCUGCUGUGGAAACACCUCAGUCCUCUGACAAGUUUGGGAAAGGAAGAAAUUGGCGCUCCUGGGACGCAGGGGAUGGAAUGGCCGGGCCCCUCCGAUCCCAGUCGUGGCCGUAGGGCGAGCACAGCUGUCGGUCCCCUUCGAGGGAUGCUUCAAAAAGCAUCCCCCAAAUCAUAAACACCCCUAUUAAAGAAUUCCUGGCCGA